GGCCCUGUCUGUCGUUGCUCUGGUUGGGAAAUCAGCUCAUCGGGGAACUUGUUUGGCUUCCUGAUGAUGUGAGCGGUGAUACCCAGGUUGGACUGCUAUGGAAUAUGACGAGAAACUGGCUCGGUUUCGGCAAGCCCACCUCAACCCCUUCGACAAGCAGCUGGCCGGCGGACAGCAUGAGCGGAAGGCUGGUAAAGACCCUGAAGAUCUGUCUCCCGGAGACUCACCGGUGGAGCCGCCCCACGGAGAGCCGGAGUUCCGCUGCCCAGAGCGCGUGAUGGACUUGGGCCUGGCGGAGGAUCACUUCUCUCGCCCCGUGGGCCUUUUCCUGGCCUCGGACAUCCAGCAGCUCCGACAGGCGAUCGAGGAGUGCAAGCAGGUAAUCCUGGAGCUCCCCGAGCAUUCGGAGAAGCAGAAGGACGCCGUGGUGAGGCUCAUCCAUCUUCGCCUGAAGCUCCAGGAACUGAAGGAUCCCAACGAGGAUGAACCCAACAUCCGGGUCCUCCUGGAACAUCGGUUCUACAAAGAGAAGAGCAAGAGCGUCAAGCAGACCUGUGACAAGUGUAGCACCAUUAUCUGGGGCCUUAUCCAGACGUGGUACACCUGCACGGGCUGUUACUACCGCUGUCACAGCAAAUGCCUGAACCUCAUCACGAAGCCCUGCGUGCGCUCCAAAGUCAGUCACCAGGCAGAGUACGAGCUCAGCAUCUGUCCGGAGACGGGGCUGGACAGCCAGGAUUACCGCUGCGCCGAAUGCCGGACCCCCAUCUCCCUGCGAGGCGUGCCCAGUGAAGCUCGGCAGUGCGACUACACGGGCCAGUACUACUGCGGUAGCUGCCACUGGAAUGACCUGGCCGUCAUCCCCGCCCGCGUCAUCCACAACUGGGACUUUGAACCGCGCAAGGUGUCCCGCUGCAGUAUGCGCUAUCUCACUCUGAUGGUCUCCCGGCCAGUGCUCAAGUUGCGGGAAAUCAAUCCGCUCCUGUUCAACUACGUGGAGGAGCUCGUGGAGAUCCGGAAACUGCGGCAGGAUAUUCUGCUCAUGAAGCCAUAUUUCAUCACUUGCAAAGAGGCCAUGGAAGCUCGUCUGCUGCUGCAGCUCCAGGAUCGGCAGCACUUCGUGGAGAACGACGAGAUGUACUCCCUGCAGGACCUGGUGGACGUCAACAUCGGGCGGCUCAGCUGCUCCCUCACCGAGAUCCACACCCUCUUUGCCAAGCACAUCAAGCUGGACUGUGAGAGAUGCCAGGCCAAGGGCUUCGUGUGUGAGCUCUGCAAAGAGGGGGACGUGUUGUUCCCCUUCGACAGCCACACGUCAGUGUGCACGGACUGUUCUGCUGUCUUCCACAGGGAUUGCUACUAUGACAACUCCACCACCUGCCCCAAGUGCGCCCGACUGAACCUGAGGAAGCAGUCGCUCUUCCGGGCUCCCAGUACGGAGGCCGAGGCCUAAGACGUGGGCUCCGCCGCCCGGACGCCCUUCCUGCCGGCCCGUCGGUCGCGCCUCCGCCCGGCACCGAGGACCAAGCGACGCCGUGUGCCGGAGGCCUGGGGGUCGGUCAGGGAGAAGCUGCCCGCUCUCCCCUUCCGUCCUCCUGGGAGGGAGAUCGGGGAAGAGGUGUGGGUGAGGGGUGGUCACCCCGGGACCCGGGGAUAGGACUGCCAGGGCUUGGAGGUUUGGCGGGGGAAGUCCAGUGAGGAAUCCACCCCACCUCGACCAGCUGGACGGAGGCCACAGAAGGACGUGGGCUUUGGCCGUGGGAGAGGGGAUCAGAGCCGGCACCCCGGCCCCGUUCUCUGUGGGGAUGGGAGUGGGGGGAGACCAGCCAAAGACAGUCCCUCCAAACCAAGCAGAACUGCCCUUGACCCCGCUCUCACUUUGGAACCGAGGAUACGGUGACUUUUUUCGUUUCCCCCACCCCUCGGCCCUUCCCGCCGUAGCCCGGAAUGGCCGAGAACCGUCCCCGGCGAAGGGACUCCGGUGGGGACGAGCCCCAUUCUCCCCCAUCCGGCCCCAUUCUCUGUGGGGAUGGGAGUGGGGAGAGACCAGCCAAAGACAGUGCUGAAAGGACCUCUCCCUCCAAACCAAGCAGAACUGCCCUUGCCCCUGCUCUCACUUUGUAACCAAGGAUACGGUGAUUUUUUUGUUUCCCCCACCCCUCGGCCCUGCCCGCUGUAGCCCGGAAUGGCCAAGAACCAUCCGCGGCGAAGGGAUUCCGGUGGGGCGGGAAGGGUGGAAUCGAUGAGACACGGGGAGUUGUCCAAGCCCAGAGGCUUCGUUGACCGCCGGCUCUGCCCAAGGCCACGGGGAAGUAUCCGCACAUGGAGUUUCUUAUGAAACCAUCCGAGGUUCCCUGCAGAGGAGAGCGGGUUUUUACCGCAUGUCACCACUCCUCCCUCAUGAGGCUGCUAGUUGGCCGGCUGAUCAGUUCUGCCCUGAUCCUCCCACCCACCCACAGCUAGCUCGGUGAGCCUGGCUCAGAAGUUCUCUGCACCGUGAUCCUUUGGGACCGGGUUUCUGUGCAAGAGGGGCAUGGCUGAGGGAAUUCCAGUUCCCCGUCCGCCACUUGGUUCUUGUCUCCGAUAAACUUAGGCUCAGUGUGGACCAGCGGCCUAACAAAGGCCCUCUGUGGCUUGGCGGGGCGACUUCUCAUCUCCGCCGCCGUCGAGCACGUUUCCCUGAUCUCGGCCGCCCACGGAACCCAACCUUCCUGGCACCAUCAGGCUGGGUGAGGGGAGCGGGGCCCCUCUGGCCCUCGGGCGAGCAGCUACCCCGAGCGUUACCGAAUAAGAGCGUCAGGCCAGGUCCAGAGAGACUGUUGUCAGGCUCAGAAGGCAGUCUCGCGUAGGGGUUUUUGUUUACACGGGCAGCUGGACCACGGUGCCCGCUCUGCCGCUCCCACAGAGGCCGAGCCCGGGGAGCAGUCCGUCUUACGCCGCCCUUAGAAAGAGGAGGCACGGGGGGAAGGGGCGAAACCCUGCCGGUCUUAGUAGCAGGUAGUGCUUGCAACAGGCUGCCAGCCUUUGGGCCGGGUCUGUGGCUUCCUGGGGCUCUUGCACUGCCCCCCGUGUGGCUGCCCCACCUCCUCUUCUCCGAGCUUCCUCAUCCUCCGGACCCUGGUCUUUGGCUACGAGUGAAAAGCCGAACGCAAAAUCAGUCACCCCCUGGUGCGGGAGGUCAAAGAGAGAUAGGAAGCCGCUUCCUUCGGGAACGGGCCCAGAACGCUAGAGCGGGAAGAAAGAGGACCCAGCUUCUUGGCGUCGGGAGCUGGGGGCCACGGCCUACGCCAGGCCCUUCCUCGCCGCCUGGCUGGGUGCCGCGGGGCCAGUCCCCUUGCGAAAGAAGCUUUCUGCCCCACCGACUUAGUAAUACUUAGCACUUUACAAAUAAACCGCGUGGGUCCGAGAAGCGGGGCUGGAGCUGCCUCGUGUUCCCUUCGUUGUGGGGAGCAGGUGGGGUGCUGGGGCUCUCUAAAGAGGAAUGGGGAGCGCGUGGGGCUCAUCCACUCCCAGGGCUGUCAUCCAUUUCCAGGCGCCUCCUUCCGCCUUUGUCCUCCUUCUGCCUUUGUCAUUGCGUAGGCCGGGUCCUCUUGUGUGGCGUUUGGGUCGCGGGGAAUGGAAACAGAACUGUGAAGCAGUCGGAGGAGGCCGGGGGAGAAGCCCUGUCUUAGGCGCACGGCUCCAGGUACAAGGCAGAGAGGGCCGUUAUCCCGAUUUAGGUGGUGGUCCUAAUAGCAUCACCCCCUGAGACUCUAUUAAUCUCUAAACGGCCCGCAUUUCCCCCACCGUCGAAGCGAGAGGUACUAGAAGGCAAGACCGCAGUGUCGAGUUCAACUCUGCCCUGCUAGGCUUCGGACGCGUGACUUUACCCCUCUGCUUCCACUUUUCCCAUCUGCUCAGUGGGGGGAUACCACUGCUCACCUACCUCACGGUGGGAUUGGGAGAAGACUAGCGCCGGGAAAGUACUUUGAAAACAAAGUGUGCAAUAAAAGUGCUAAGUGUUAUUAAAUACCUCAACGCUGCCCCACUCCCCCUUAUAGAAGACGGUGAGGGGAUCAGCCGACUGCUUUAACAGCCUCCCAAGUCCCUGCCCUUGCGUCGCGUUUCGGAUUGCCACUACCCGGUGGACCGUCGUAUGUUAUUGGGAUUUACUGCGCUGUAAGAAAUAUAAAAGUACGCCAACCACGGGAACCGUGCUGCGAUCUCAUCUACUGUUGAAAAUGUCAUCAUGUGUUUGGGGUAGGAGUGUCCCCUUUUCUCCCAGACCUUUGUCCACCCUCUCCUACUUCCUCUGCAGGCAGAAACUAAGGUCUGUGAUCCCCCAAACUGAAUCUACCUUCAAGGUUUACGGCUGAGGGUGUCCGGGGGCAGGAGGAUCAGUUUGUGCGGGUGAUGGAGAUUGAAUGAACUCAGGCCCUGCAUCCCCAGGAGAGAGGAAACAAGAAACAAGCUGAGUUUAACGUGGGUCUCGGGGCUGAAUCGACCUACGACUUAAGUAUAGGCCUGAGGCAGUACUUGUGGACUUGAGAUUCAGCAGUUCAAAUGAUUACCCAACGA